AUGAACUCGCUAUACACUCUCGGCGUCCGACAGACCAACUCCCUCCAGGCAGACCUCGACCGCCUGCGCGGCGGCGACACGUCCGCGUCUCUCCUAGGGCAGAUAUCGGCGUCGCUCGCCGCGAUGCAGCGGACUGUGGACGACUAUGAUGCUAUGGCGCGCCGCGAGAUGAUCAAGGCGAAGCAGGAGAAGGCGCAGAUGCGGGUGCAGAAGUUCCGCGCGGACUACAACGACCUGCGGACGCAGUUCGAGCGGCUCAAGAACCACCAAAACACACAGCGCUCCGAGCUCCUCCACGCCCAAACCUCCGGCCAAUCCCAGCCCUUCUCCCCCGGCGCAUCCGACGCCCGCCGGCGCUUCGCUCCCUCCCAAUCGCACUCCCAAUCACAGCACCAACCCUUCUCGCAAGAAUCCCAACACUCCGAAUCGCCCUUCUCCGCCAGCGGCUCGAUGGGCAUGGGGAUGGGCAACAGCGCCCUGCGCGAAACGCACGCCCUGCACGAACACACCUUCCUGCACGAGACCGAAACGCGGCUGGACGAGUUCCUCGCGCAGGGGCGCGAGGUGCUCGACUCGCUCGUGGACCAGCGCGCGGUGCUCAAGGGCACGCAGCGGCGCCUGCUGGAUGCGGCGAAUACGCUGGGGAUGAGUCGGGAGGUUGUUGGGUGGAUUGAAAGGCGGAGUACGCAGGACAUGUACAUUUUCUUCGGCGGCGCGGUGAUCACGUUCGUGUGUUUCUUCUUCAUAUGGAAGUAUCUGGGGUGAUGCUGGAGGAUGUUGGAUGCUGUGUGGUCUGGUAGGGCUGGGCUGGGUUGGAUUGUAGGGCUGGGUCUCGUCUGCUUCGUUCUCCUGGAUAUCAUAUCGAUACAUAGUCUGUCUUCCUUUGUCUUGCUCGUCUGUUACCAGUUCCUCUGGACAGCCAUUUUUCAUUUUGUAUUGAUUUUACGGUGCAAUACCCUUUUCA